AUGCAAGAACAGACUUUCGGUAUAUUGAUAUCUAUCUAUCUAUCUAUCUAUCUAUCUAUCUAUCUAUCUAUCUAUCUAUCUCUGUGUGACUUCAUAUCUAUUUAUCUAUCUAUCUAUCUAUCAAUCUAUCUAUCUAUAAUCUAUCUAUCUAUCUCUCUAUCUAUCUCUAUAGGUUCUGACGUUUUAAAACUAUACUUAUUGCUCAUAUCUAUUACAAUCUAUCUAUCUAUCUAUCUAUCUAUCUAUAUAUCUAUCUAUCUAUCUAUCUAUCACAAUCUUUUGCUAUCUAUCUAUCUAGCUAGCUAUUACAUGAUCUUCACUAUAUAUGAUUCUCACUAUCAUUCUCUAUAUUCAAAUCUAUCUAUCUAUCUAUCUAUAUCACUAUCUUCACUAUAUAUCAUUCUCAUUAUGUAUCAUUCUCUAUAUUCAAAUCUAUCUAUCUAUCUAUCUAUCUAUCUAUCACAAUCUUUUGCUAUCUAUCUAUCAUUCUCUAUAUUCAAAUCUAUCUAUCUAUCUAUAUCACUAUCUUCACUAUAUAUCAUUCUCAUUAUGUAUCAUUCUCUAUAUUCAAAUCUAUCUAUCUAUCUAUCUAUCUAUCUAUCUAUCUAUCUAUCACAAUCUUUUGCUAUCUAUCUAUCAUUCUCUAUAUUCAAAUCUAUCUAUCUAUCUAUCUAUCUAUCUAUCUAUCUAUCUAUCUAUCUAUCAAAUUCUCUUCAUAUCUAUCACAAUCUUUUGUCUGUCUGUCUGUCUAUCUAUCUAUCUAUCUAUCUAUCUAUCUCAUUCUAUUCAAAUCUAUCUAUGUUCAUAUAUCUAUCCAUAAUUCUAUUCAUAUCUAGGUCUCACUCUCUCUUUCUAUCUUUCUCUCUCUCUCCAUCUGUCUAUCUAUCAGUUGAAGGGCCUAGUUUUGGCUUGAAUUAUAACAGACGCCCAAGGAAACGUGUAGAAUUUUACGAGUUCUUCGCUGGAAAUCGACUUCAUUUUUGA